AUGCAAAGGAACACCACUAGCAAUGGCAUGUCCGCAGCCGCGACACGGGUGCACCCCGUGUGCGCCGCAAGCAAGCACCAACGGAAGAAAUGUGACGAGGUUUGCAUCCUGGCUCCGUAUUUCCCGGCCAACAAGUGCCGGGAGUUCCAAGCCAUGCAUAAGGUCUUUGGCGUCAGCAACAUGACGAAGAUCGUCCGGAAUGCAGGUACCGACGAGGACCCGAAGAAAGUGGCGGAUUCGUUGAUAUGGGAGGCGUUCUGUUGGCAGAAGGAUCCACUUUUGGGACCCUACGGAGAUUAUAGGAAGGUUUAUGAAGAGCUGAGCUUGUAUAAGAAGCAUAGCCAGAUGAUGAUCCUACAAGACCACGAUCAUCAUCAGCCCGGUCACCAGGUGUUCAAAAUGGGCGCCGCUCACGCGGUCGCACCGACGAAAAGAGGCAACACAACGUUACGAUGCUACAGUCCCGACGUCGACGCUAAUUCUCUCUUCAGAUUCAGCGGAUACCCGUAUCCACAAUCGGACAAGGCGGUGCAAGAAAAAGGCAUGCAUAAUACGACUACUAUCGUUCCACUCCAAUACUACGUUUCAGCAGGCAACGUCUUAUAA